AUGGCGAGAGACGAGGAGUCGCCUGCAGGUUUCCGAAUGAAAAGCAAUCCUUUCGUGAUUCGAGUAACAUCCAAACAAGAAAGCAAUUGUAAGUUUAGUAAACUGGCCUUCCGGCUAGAUCAAAUAAAUGUUUUAGGCCGGGCGGAAAGCGUAGCAAUUAGGAGAGGAAAAGACACAUUGAUUACCCAUGGUAUUAUAGGUGAGCCACUAGAGGAUAUAAAACAGAAAUUGGGCAAUAAAGCUCACCCAUUAUUCAAGGAUACAUCCCGAUAUAUCGAUAUAUGGUGUAUCAGUUAA